GAGGCAGUACCAAUCCCAAUCCCGCCGUAGUGCCUGGAUCAUCCCGAGUUUUAUCGGGGAUCCCAUUGAGCCAUUGUUGCGGAACUACUGGACAGUAGUAAUGCCACCGAAUGCCAACACGUCUGGCCAAUUUCGGUUAAUUGGAACGUGAUUUAUGUGGGGCAACGGAGUGAAUAGCUCCUAUUCCGAGCGCCCUAGCCCUAGUGCCCCGCUGGUCGGUCAGUCAGUCACCACAGUCCCCAGCGGAACCCAGCCAAUGCCGGUUUGAUAAGCGCCGCACGAGCGUGAUAAGAGCGGGAAGAAGGCGCCAAGUCGUAAAUCGAGUGUGCAGAAACCGAACCAGAACUGGAAAUAGAAUUUGAAAUCAAAACUGGCCUUGCCAAUUCGCGUAUCUCGCUAAUUAGUAUAUGAUCAUUAAUCAAAAGGCAAUAUAAGAAGUAUAAACAAAACGACGGGCAAGUGCGAUGGCCAAACGCAAGAGCUUAACCCACGACAGCCCGUCGAUGGAGCUGGAGCUGCCGCUGCUGGCGCCGCAGGAGCGGAGUCAACGGAGCAGGAGCGGGACAAUUCCUUUGUGCAUCAUGCACGACUCCGCCAAACCAUCCCCCACCACCAGCCCCACCAUCCCGCCCAAACAGCAGACAGCGACGCCUCAGUCGCCGGCAGCGGCGGUGAGCGGACUGGAUCCGGCGGACGAUGAGGACGAGACCGACGUGAUCGGCGACCUGAUGGGCCACUACGGCAAGUGGCAGUUGCUGAUGACGGUGCUGCUGUCGCUCUUCCAGGUGCCCAACACCUUCCACAUAUCCUCGUCCAUCUACCAGGCGGCCAACAAGGACUUCUGGUGCCAGCGGCCAGCGCAAUUCCAGCUGAUGCCAGUGGCCACCUGGCGGAACUUGAGUGGCUCCGUCGACAACUGCCGGCGAUGGGAGGGCAUCGAUUGGAGUCAAGUGAGCAAUGAAACCACGCUGCCAUCAGACUGGAAGACUCCGCCGGAGAUGGACAAAAAGUUGGUGGCCUGCGAGAAAUGGGAGUACGAGACGAACGACAAUGUCGGGAACACCUGGACGUCGCAGUGGGAUCUGGUGUGCGAGAAGGAACACCUGAAGAACGUGGCCGAGAUGUUCUUCCUGCUGGGCGUGGCAACAGGUGGCAUUAUCUCCGGCUAUUUAUCGGACAAGUUCGGCCGCAAGACAAUGCUCUUCAUAUCGGCCGUGCUGCAGACCAUAUUCGGUCUCUGGCUCUAUAUCUGCAGCUCCUUCGAGCUCUAUCUCACACUUCGCGCCCUGCUUGGCUUGGUGUCGGUAUCGGUCACCUACUCCGGCCUGAUCCUGGCCAUUGAGUAUGUGGAUGGCAAGUGGAGAACCAUCGCCGGAAUGUACAACCUGUUUCCACUGCCAAUCUCGUACAUGAUCAUCUCGGGCCUGGCCUAUCUGACCCAGGACUAUCAACGCCUACAGCUGUGUAUCGGCAUUCCGGGGAUCUUCCUGUGCUUUCUUUGGUUUGUGGUGCCGGAAUCGCCGCGCUGGUUGCUGGUCAAGGGUCGAAUCGAUGAAGUGCGUCGCAUUAUUGAGGCGGCCGCCAAGUUCAAUGGUCGCCAGCUACCCGCCGACUAUCAGCUGACGCCGCCGACGCAGGAGAGCAGUACGCAGGAUGUUACCUACCUGUUCCGCUCCAGUUACCUGCGCCGCAUCUCCAUCUGCUUCUUCUGCAUCUGGUUCACCAUGAAUCUGGUCUACUACGGCAUUAUUCUCAACAUGAGCUCCUUUGGCGGCAAUGUCUACUUGAAUUCGGCGCUAGCUGGCCUAGUCGAAAUACCCGCCAUCGCCGUGGCCAUGUACAUCAUCACCAAAGUGGGCAAGAAGUGGCUCUUUUGCGCCACUUUGAUCUGUGCCGGCGUCGCCUGCUGCUGUGCGGCGAUCACCGAGGGGCAUGCGGAUCUGCUCUGGCUGAAGAUCACAUUCCUGAUGAUGGGCAAGUUCACCAUCAGUGCUGGCAAUACCAUCAUGCCGGUGUACACGGCGGAGCUGUAUCCCACGCCCAUACGCAAUGUGGGCGUGGGUGCCUGCAAUGUGGCCGCCGGUUUGGCCCUGAUCCUCACCCCUUACCUAUCGCUCCUGAACAAGAUCGAGGGUCACCUCUUAAUGACCCUACUCACCGCCUGGAGCAUCUUCGGCGGCGUUGUGGUGCUCUUCCUGCCCGAAACUGCUGUGCGUCAGAAGACAGAUAACCAGGGUGGCUCCAAUGCCAAUGCCAGUGCCGCCAAGCAGGUGUAAUGACCGCCAUUGCCAAUCCUAGCCUGCUCAGCCCCCGGAAACAAAGUAUUUUGGCUGGUCCAAAGUAUGCCGAUUAGAAGUCAGCGUAGCCAACGCAGUUGCUGCCUCUCUGCCCCCCCACUUAACCCCCAACCUGCCACGCCACCCGACAUAUCCACCGCCUGAAGCCACCUAAAAUGUAUGGUAACGAUUCGAUGAAUGUCCAAGAAUAAUGCCAAUUCGCUAGAGAAUGUCCCAUGUCAGGCAGGACCUUGUUUGCGUAGCACGUAGUGAGUAUGUAUCUUAACAAUUAACUAACAAUGGCUUGUAGCUUAUGUCAUAAUCUAAGUACUGAAAACAGAACAGAGAACAAAACACACAGAAUGUUACCAAAAACACUCGAAGUAGCUUAAGUUCUUCGGUUCCCAUCGAAGGUUAUAAAUUUGACCCAACCUUAGGGAGGGUUGCAAUGGGAGCUUACAAAUUCAUUUUAUUACGGCUUAUGUAUAUUUAUAUUAUAAUUUUAUAAUUUUUAUUUAAAUGGAAGUGUUUUGUUUGUAUGAAAGUGCGCCAGAAGCUAUUUGAACCUCCCUAGGAAGAACAAUAAAAGGAACAUUUUUGAAAUUACCCAGUAAA